AUGACAAAUAAUACUGAAGUUACAUUUGAAGAAUUAGAAGCCACCGACGUUAUAUCAGUAGACCUGGUCCCAGAGCGUAAAGGCCUAAUCUUGAAACAUUGCGAGUAUUAUGUGAGCUCGAGACGCCAUGGAACAACCGUCACAAGACGGUACAAUGAGUUUGUACAGUUAUACGACGUUUUGUACGUCAAGUAUCCUUAUAGAGCAGUAUGCAGCUUACCUCCUAAAAGAGUAGUGGUAGGGGGCGGUAGUCCCCUAUUUCUACAGCGACGUAGAGCAGCUUUACAACGCUGGUUAACACUCGUAGCCAGGCAUCCAGUGAUGGCCCAUGAUGCUGAUCUUAGAAUUUUCUUGUGUGAAACAACACCUAAACUCGACAAGCCCAAGCAUGAUGAAUUCAUACUGGCUGGCACACAAGAAGAUAACCCGACUGAUAUGAGUACGGAUGAAAUGCAAGAAUCAUUUGUUUCUGAACAAGAACAGCUUCGAUUGGCGCACUUGGGUCUGGAUAGGUUGUUCAAAAUAUUUGAAAAAGUUGAAAGCAGAUGUGAUUCUGAACGCAGCGAUAUACGUGAGUUAGGGGCAGCUCUGAAUGCACUAUCGGCCCCCUCAGUUGCAGAUACGGCAAAAUGGACACGUAUAAGAGAUGCAAUGAAAGCAGCAGCAGAACUAGCGCUAGAGACGAGCGAGUCGCAGCUGGAGGUGGGGGAGCAGGAGGCGAUGGAGGGGCUGCUGCUGGCGCUGGACGCGGUGGGCGCGUACCGACGGCUGUGCUCGCGGCUCACGCGCGGCCUGCACGCCGAGCGCGCCGCCGCCGCCGCCGCCGCGCCGCGCAGCGCCGCCGCGCGGGCCCUGCGCGCGCGCCACCGGUACGCGCUGCGCUGCGCCGUGGAGGAGGCGCGUAUAGCUCGAGUGUAUGCUCUGUCAGCAUUGGAAAACCUUCCGGAACUUUUAAGGACGCUAGGCACUGCGCAUGCGCGGGUCGCAGCUUUAUGGGCGGACCUACACACCGCACUACGACACCCACAUUCUAAACAGGCAGUUAAAGAUUGAAGAAAAAUAAUAGUAUUUAUUAUAAGGACAAAUUAUAUUCCACAAUUUAUUGUCAGGUUGCUAAAUAUUGAAGAAAAAGAUAAUAUUAAUAUGGACAAUUUGUUACAUUCUACAAUUUAUUGACAGGCUGCUAAAGCUAGAAAAAAAUAAUUGAAUAAGAACAAAUUAUUACAUUCCACAUUUUAUUUCCAGUGAUGACUGUGUGAUAUUGUUUCUCGAAUAUUCAUUUUUUUUUACAAUAUUUUUUAUAUAGGUUUAAAUAAUAAUUAUGUGACCAGUGAUGAUGAUAUUAUUAUAAAAGUAACUUACAUCUCGAAUAUUCGAAUCACAUAUUUUAAAUUAAUAUUUAUAUUUUAAAAUAAUUUAAAGUAGGCAAUGGUGGCUGGUAUAACAUAUAAUGACCAAAUCAAUAAAUCAAAUUUUUAUACUGUGAUAAGAAAUAUUGAUAGUUUAUUGUUUUAAGAAUUUAAAUGUGUCUAUUACCUGAGCAUAAUCUCUAGUUUUUAAUUUGUAUUAUAUACGUUAAUAAAAGUAUUUAAAAAAAAAA